AAAUAGUAAAUUUGUGUAAAUUACUGUAAAUGUGUAAAUCACAAAAAAUAUUAAUUCUCAGCAAUUUCUUUAGUUCAUGUUUCAUAUUUUUUGUAUUUUAUGAAUGUAAAUUAUUUUGUGAUAAGCGAUAAGUUUUCUUGACCUUCCGGGUGAGUUGAUAAUUGAAGUCAAAGAUUAGCUGCUUUUAUUUGAUCUGAAAAUUAUUGGUUUUGAUUUGAUUAAACAGUUCACUUAAAAUUUUGUAGUUAGAAGUAAUGACGUGUAACGUGAUUUGUCAAUCAAUUUAAACUAAAAAUAAUUUAUUUGGUUGCUUAAUUUAUGUUGAAAUAGCAAAAUGAACGCCACAGCAACUACACUGCUUCGACAAGUAGCAUUAUUAGUAUUUACACCCCAUUGUUUUGAUAAUUACUUCAUAGACUUUAACUAUUUGGAUGGACCAUGUUUUAGUGCUACAUUAAGCAAAUGUCUAGGAUUAGGAAUUAUCCUCGGAUCACUGCUGGUCAAAAUCCCACAAAUUUUAAAAUUAUUGAAGAGUAAAAGUGGCGAAGGAAUAAACAUCCUAAGUGUUACUCUGGAUUUAACUGCGAUAACUAUAUACAUGUCUUAUAGUUUUGUAAAGCAGUUUCCAUUUAGUUCAUGGGGAGAUACGGCUUUCUUAGCAAUUCAAACUGUCAUAGUUGCAGUUUUAGUGUUAGUGUAUCAAAAUGCUGUGUUGAAGUCUUUGCUUUAUUUAAGUACCUAUUUGAGUGUCUGUUAUGUCAUGAUGUCAGGCAUCACACCAUUAAAUGUACUUUGGACUCUUCAAACUUGCAACAUUCCAAUUGUUGUCACAGGAAAACUGAUACAGGCAUGGACCAACUUUAAAAAUGGUCAUACUGGACAGUUGUCAGCGAUUACAAUGUUUAUGCUGUUCUUUGGAUCUGCAGCUAGAAUAUUUACGUCAAUUCAAGAAACAGGAGAUACUGUAGUUAUAUUAACAUAUACAGCGGGAACCUUAGCCAACGCCUUGUUGGUAUCACAGAUGUUGUUCUAUUGGAACGUAGAAGUAGUUAAGAAAAAGUCUGAAUAGAUUAAAAUUUUAUUACUGCACACAGCUGGUCAAUAAUGAAAUGUUUUGAUUUAAUGUUAUGGGAUACAGUUGUAACGUAAUUUUUGUAACUGUUUAAAAUAAUUGUUACAUUAAACAUCACUUUCACACAGAUUUUUUUACAUAAUAUAUUGAGGGUUGCUUUCGCUAUACAGCAAGAAUAAAACGCUCUCUCAACGGUAAUAAUAAACUAUUUUAUUGAAAACUGGUGUACAGAAAACUUGUGUAUGAAAAGACGUGUUAACAGGGUGAAUGUUCGUUGGAGAGUGCCUGUGGUUGAAGUCGGUGGUAGGUAGCUUGGUAGUCGGUGGCAAAAGUCCCUCUGGUCCUGGCGCCAGUCUACAGGGGUAGGGUUCCGGGAACCCCGUGGUGCGUCCGGCGGAGUUCUUGACGUUGUGGUUUCAAAUAUGGGUCACUUGCAACAUGUGUACCCACAAUAUAAUUUGUAAAUGAUAAAAAUGGAAAAUUGUAUAUUAUUACCUUUAACUGAGAAGUUAUAUAACAAAUAAAAAUAAUUAUGUAAUUUUAGAUCUUAUGUCUAAAUGGACAAAGCAAUGGCACAUGAGUGUACAGAUUUAUCUCUUUCAAAUGAGGAGAUUAAAUAGUAAAUAAAAUAAACUUUUGUAGGUAAGUGGAGUACAACGUAAAUCUUAGUUUUUCUAGUUUUUUAGUUAGAUACAUAUUUUACGGAGUUUCUGCUCCAAAUAACCAUAUACUAUAAUUACAAAGUAAAAAUUUCUGAUUUUAAUUUAAGAUUUACAUGUACCGCUUGCCAACAACUUUA